UACAAUAGUACUAAUUAAUAAAUAAUUAAUUUGUAAAAAACGGGAACGAAAUUAAAUAGUUAUUAUUCACGACUGUAAAAACUAGUGAUACAAGUGAUAUAAGACCUAAUAAAAAAUCACAUCUCAAUAAAAUGACGUUUGUUUAUCAAGGAGAUACCGAUUUGGAAGCGAAAGCUAAAAAAGCUGCUGAACGGAUCUCAGAAAACAUGCAUAUCGUAGCCAACGAGCCUUCCCUAGCCCUGUACAGGCUACAAGAGCAUGUGAGGAAGGCCCUGCCGCCCAUGGUGGAGCGCAGAGUCGAAGUCACAAAGCUACAGCAUGAGCUUCAGGGGCGGUGCUAUGACGUGGAGUAUGCAUUGAGCGCAGUAAAAUCAAUGGACAGUGCAGCAACCAGCUUCACAAACAUACAGGAGAUGCUCAAACAAUCCAUAUUUCUAAAACAACAACUAAAAUACGAGGAGGGUAGGAGAAAUAAAAAAGAUUCCAGUUCCGUUUACAAACGUCUCUCUGCACACAUUGUUUUAGACUUACCCGAUCUUUCCGAGUUCUCUAUGGUUAGGGAGACCACUAACCGGAUAGAAAAUAUGAUGGCGCACGCCAGAGGGUCAUCGGCUGAGUUGCAUAGGUCUCAUACUACAUUGCAUUGAAUUAUGGUGUAGAUCAGCCAUACUCAACCUUUUUUAAAGGGCAUCUUUUGCCUUGUAGCUUUGGGCCGCAAGAUUAAUUUGCUUUCAGUUGACGUUCAGAUGGCAAAGUUAUGUAUCUAUAGGUACUAGGAUAGCCCAACGCCUUCGGAAACGAAAAAAUAUAGUGAAAAAAUAGAGCAUUCUGCGCCUAAAGACACACGUCAUUUCAACACACCACAUAUUAUGGUGUAUUGAGACAUCAGACAUCGCAACACUUAUGGAGAUGUCAUGGUACAAGUAUAACUGAGCAAAACUGAGAAGUCCUGAUUUAACACGUUAACUGCCCCAAUCUGAAUUGUUAACUUUUCGGCUCUGUAACAGAGGCCUCAUAAACGGGGAACGGGCAGAGAACGUGUUAAAAGAUUGGUAAAUCGUGCAAUGGCUCUCGGUCUGUAAAUUGAGGACGCUAAGCACAAAAAAUUUCGUCCAUUGACCUGCCAUUUCCUAUCCCUAUCUAGUUCCAGCCAUAGGCUAGUUCCACUCGCACAGGGUUGAACGCGACCGACGGCACAUGGGCGGGACAGCAAUAUAAAUUAUACCCGUACGUUAGAGUGGUAUUCCAUCUGUCCAAUAUACUUAUUGUCAUUGUGUCUCACUUUCGCGUUAAGCAAAAUUUGAGGCAAAAUACACAUUUGACGGGUGGAAUACCACUCUAUAAAGAUAGAGGAAAUGGCGAUUCAAUGUACGAAAUUCUUCGUUCUUAGUAUCCUUACUUUAGCAUUACCUUAUGUUAUGGGCGAGGUAAACGUGUAAUUAAUGGGGUAAUUAAUUGAAUAUAUAUUGCGUGGUCUAGCUACCAGUGGCGGUUAAUUACGAAAUGUUACUAAUAUUAAGACACACGAUACACACACAGACAGACACUCUUGGUUGGACAGACGAUCUUGUUAAGGUCGCCGGAAGACGCUGGAUGCGGGUCGCUUCCAACCGGCACGUAUGGAGGUCCAAGGGGGAGCCCUAUGUUCAGCAGUGGACGUCUUAUGGCUGAGAUGAUGACUAAUAUUAAAAAUUCCGGAUGAGUUUUUUUUUCUGCAUAUACCAAACUUAUCCAAUAUAAUAUUUAAACGUACGCCCAGCCAUUGGUAGGCACCUAAAUAUACAAUAACCCAAUUGUUGCCAUGUCAGUUUGGUCCCUGAUUAGGAUUACACAAUUUAUUGGUGUGCUUUUACUAAAUCUUCUAAUGCUGUUGCUUUCUGUAUUUGCUAACAAUUUGUCCAAGGAAA